UUUGUCUCUGCUGGGCUGCUUCCUGCUCAAACCAUAUAAUCAGAGCCAAGCGAUCACUGCUUCUCCGCUUCAGAGUUCAUUGUCAUCCGUGGUAAUGGAUUAUCUUCUCUGGAAGCUUUUGCCUCUAUUAGCACUUCUCGUCUCCUUCGUAGCCUUCUUUUUCUUACAGGAUUCCUACGUGGCCCACUUGAUUCAGUUGAAAAAGCCACGCCGUGAAGAGUGUAGCUUUCAUCCCUAUCGCCAUUACUGGAUAUCCAGCAAACGUAUUGUGACCCCACAAGGGGUUAUUUCUGGUUCAGUGGAGAUAAAUGAAGGGAAGAUUGCGUCCAUUGUUAAAGGAGACAGUAAGCAAGGAAAUCAUAUGCAUCAACAAGUAAUUGACUAUCGAGAUGCUGUGGUUAUGCCUGGCCUAAUUGAUGUACAUGUUCAUCUUGAUGAUCCAGGAAGAACUGAAUGGGAAGGAUUUUUUACUGGGACAAGAGCUGCUGCUGCUGGUGGUGUAACAACAGUGGUUGACAUGCCUCUAAAUAAUCACCCAACAACAGUUUCUAAGGAUACGCUGAAACUUAAGCUUGAGGCUGCUAAGAAGAAACUCCAUGUUGAUGUUGGUUUCUGGGGAGGUCUAGUCCCUGAAAAUGCACUUAAUACGAGUAUUUUGGAAGGUCUCUUGAGUGCUGGAGUUCUUGGGGUCAAGUCUUUCAUGUGUCCUUCAGGGAUUGAUGACUUUCCUAUGACAACUAUUGAUCACAUCAAGGAGGGACUGCCUGUGUUGGCCAAGUAUAGAAGACCUUUACUUGUGCAUGCUGAGAUUCAACUAAAUUCAGGACAUAAUUUGGAACUCAAAGAUGAUGAUGAUCCUCGUCAUUACUCAACCUAUCUCAAGACUAGGCCACCUUCAUGGGAGCAGGCAGCUAUUAGAGAACUUGUGGGUGUUACAAAGGAUACUGGAAGUGGUGGUCGUUUAGAAGGAGCACAUAUUCAUAUUGUUCACUUGUCUGAUUCAAGUGCUUCCUUAGAUAUGAUUAAGGAAGCAAAACGUAGAGGUGACAGCAUUAGCGUUGAGACAUGCUCGCAUUACUUAGCUUUCUCAUCUGAAGAGAUAAAAGAUGGAGAUACUCGUUUUAAGUGUUCCCCACCUAUCCGUGGUGCAUCCAAUGGAGAAAAAUUAUGGGAGGCUUUGCUGGAAGGAGACAUUGACUUUUUAACUUCUGAUCAUUCACCAACAGUACCAGAACUCAAGCUUCUUGAUGAGGGUAACUUCUUGAAGGCUUGGGGUGGCAUAUCAUCUUUGCAGUUUGAUCUUCCGAUAGCAUGGUCAUAUGGACAAAAACACGGAGUAACUCUGGAACAACUAUCAUUAUGGUGGAGCAAGAGACCUGCAAAAUUUGCUGGAUUGGGUUCAAAGGGGGGCAUUGAAGUUGGAAAAGAUGCUGAUAUUGUGGUGUGGCAACCAGAGACAGAGUUUGUCCUGGAUGACAAGUAUCCUGUUUUCAUUAAACAUCCUAGCAUCUCUGCGUAUAUGGGAAAGAAGUUAUCAGGACAAGUGUUGGCGACUUUUGUGAGAGGAAACCUUGUCUUCAAGAAUGGGAAGCAUGCUCCUGCAGCCUGUGGUGUUCCAAUCCUUGCUAAAUGAAAAACUCUUCUCAAAUCUUUCUUGUGCUCAUCGUGAUCCUUCCUGGUUCUAGCAGAUAUGGCUUGCCUUGCCUCCAGGAAUAAUGAGAAGAAAGUCAGAAGUUAUGUAAAAUUAUCUGCACGUUCAACAUCUUCAAUAAAACAAUGACAUUUGGUGGAAUUUUUUCCCUCCUCAAAAGUCAUUUAUAUGGCAUUGGAUGUAAUAGUAGAAAUUUUUAUCAGAGUUGAUAACGAUAAGUGGAAAAAAACUUGUAGCAAAGGUUUGUACUAUCCUAUGUUAGCAAGAAGGUCCCCCGAUGCUAUUCUUGUGUUGUUUA